AUGACUAGAAAAACUGCAUUGGUCGUUGUUGACUUACAAGAGGACUUUUUACCAUCUCAAGGCUCGUUAGCAGUGGCAGAAGGAAGGUCCAUCAUUCCUUUGAUAAAUGAUCUUUUGGACACUCAAAAAUAUAAAUGGAAUGCUAUAUUUGCAACCCAAGACUGGCAUCCAGCCAAUCAUUGCUCAUUUGCUUCCCAACAUGGAGUUGAACCGUUUAGUGAAUUAGCCUUUGAGCAUCCAACUGGCGAGAAAGACGAACAUGGGAAUAUAAAAACUCAAAAGCAAGUUGUUUGGCCCGAUCAUUGUAUCCAGAAUUCAUUGGGUGCCUCGAUUGAUCCGCUGUUUUUAGGACUUUUCAAUCAAAUUGAUCCAAAUAUUCCGAGAUUUGUUGUGAGAAAAGGCUAUUUACAAGACCGUGAAUACUAUUCAUGCUUCAAAGACUCGUGGAAGUUACAUAAGACUGAAAUAGAAGAUCAAUUAAAAAAUCUCUCGAUUACUGAUGUUGUUUUCGUGGGGAUUGCUUAUGAUUAUUGUGUGCUAAACUCUGCCAUCGAUUGUCUGGCUUCUGGCUUUAAUACCUACGUUUUGAAAGAUUAUACUAAGAGUGUUAGUCCCGAGAAUAUCAAUAAAACUGAUUUAUCUUAUACUGAAGGUGGGGUCAAAAUUAUAAGCGUAAAUGACCUUAAGAAUUUACUCGAAUAA